CACGACUCAAUGAUAAUUUUCCCGGGAAACGACACGACACACAUGGCGGCUAGCUUCUCCUGACUCCCCCACGCCACAGAAGCAAGUGUAGGCCUCAAUUCGCCGUAUUGAAGCAUUAGCAGCCGCGUUCAGCAAGGGAGACAUGCUGCUGCUGAACCUGCCGCCGCCCGUCGAGGGAAUCAAGCACCGUCAGGAGAACACCAAGCUGUGGAUCCAUGAGGAGGUGUAUGGCCCGGGCACUCUCUACAUAGCUGAGAGCCAUGUGUCGUGGGUGAAGGACGGCUCAGAGCAACACACACUCUCCCUUGCAUACCCACACAUCGCCAUCCACGCUGUGAGCCGGGACACAUCCAACCAGAACCAACCGUGUCUCUGCCUCAUCGUCGACACCACCAUCAACCUGCCCUGGGCCGGCACGCCAAACAUCACAGUAGGAACAGACUCGGAUGAUGAGGAUGACGAGGAGACGGCCUGCACAGAGCUCAAGUUCAUCCCCACAGACCCGAUGUCCCUGGAGCCCAUGUACCAGGCCCUGAACGAGUGCCAGGCGCUGCACCCCGACCCACAGGACCAGUCUGAUGAUGACGCAUGGCCAGAAGGUGACGAUGACGAGGAAAACCUGGAUGAGGGCGAGUAUGAAGUGAAUGAGAAUGGCUACCAUGUGCCCUAUGAAGACGACAUGGAUGCAGGAGUGGACGACAUGGCCAGAGUUGGGGGCAGGAGCACCGGACCCGGCCACCUUGAGCAAGAGGCGGACGUUGAUACAGAGGAGGCCAUGGAGACUGGCCAGUUUGAUGACGCUGACGACUGAAUCCAAUAAUUUCCCACUGCUGAGGUGAUUCUGUGCAUAGUUAGCCAGGACGGAGGCUUCUCAUUUGGGAGGUGUAAUUACCACAUGGAUAACAUUAGAACAGGUACAAGUAGAGAUGGUUUCUCUAUGUUACAGACAAAUUAUUCUUUUAAUGCUCUCAAUUUUUAUACAUGCCUGACAGGAGACAAUGUAGUGGUCACACCAGUGUCUCUCAUGAACACUCCAGUCUAAAUGAAGUGAAAAUGACACAGUACAAAGAGCAUUGCUUAUAGCAAAUAACCCCUGGAAAAAUAAUCUUGGUUGCUUUUAGUAGAGGACAAAGAUAACCCAUUGUUCACUCUUGGUUGCUUCUGCUCAGGACACAGCUAGUAAGCCAUGCAUUCAGUUCACAGUUCAGUAAAUAACACUUGGAAAAAUGGUUAUAGAAGCUUUUUUAAUAGAGGACAAACAAAGGUUAUUAGUUACUCAGUUGCCUCAGGUCAGGACCAAACCAUUUCAUUGGCACCACUGUGAGGUUAACUCAGUCCUGUGUCCAAGUGUCACACUGAUUGCACAGGGAAGGUGAUCUGUCCUACAUGUCAGUGUUGUGUCAGUCUUAAUGAUCUCUUGCAUAUGCUGCUCGUUAUGAAUCUUGGAGAUUUUUAUAUGUGAAGAUAUAUUAGUAAAGAUGAGUUCUCUCCCACUAGAGUAGUGGUUCCUAAUCUGUGGUACAUGUGCCACUAGUGGUAUGUGAAGGCCUUCCAGCUGGUACAGGAGCACUUUCAGGAUUAUAUGCAAUUUUUAGUCAAAUUAAAUCAAUUUAUUUCUCAGAAGAGUAAAGUAUUGCCUUACACAAGAUAAUCUGGCAUUGAUCAGCUGGUGAAGAAGAAACAGAUUCAUCCCUCACAUUAAAAUGAGUUGUGUUCAUUGCUGUUAGUUCAUUUGUGUGUUUUACUUGUAAAGAAAUUGAUAUUUGCUGUAAUUGAAAUUUUCUGGAACCAGGCGGUACACAGGUACUGUACUGGACCUUCAAGAGUACUCUGGAAAAGGUUAGGAACCCCUGCUCUAGAGGUUAAGAUAUGAGGGCAUUGUGUGCGUGUGUGUGUUUGUGUGUGAUGAUGAUGAUGAUGUGAGGAAUAGCUUUGGUUAGCUGUGAUAGGCCAGAGUUUAUCUCCUUGAGAAAGACGUACGUUUAUUGGAACAAAUUAAAUUUUGUAACGAAUUGGUUUGCCAGACCAAGGACGCCGGUACUUCCUCCUCAAGCUUUUGUAAUAAAAUAUGAAUUGCUCUUA